CCGCUCCACUUAACGAGUAGGCCUAUAGAAGUUCCUGGUGGCGAAACAGGACGCCACUCUCCAUCGCUCCCCCCUCCCUCCUCCAUCUGAUCCAAUAUAAAAAGCACCAACACAUACAUACUCCAAAUCCACCAUCACCUAAUUCAAACAGCUAAAUGAUGCUGAUUUCCUCAAGUCUCCUCUGCUUUCUCCUCUUCGUUUUCAUAUUCCUGUACUCUACAAAUGGAACUCAACUCAUACUGGUAAACAACUGCAUUGAGAGCGUAUGGCCGGGGAUCCUUGGGUCUGUAGGCCACGCAACUCCCAAGGACGGUGGCUUCCAUCUAAACAGUGGCGAGGAAGUAGUACUGGACGUGGGCGAUAAAUGGUCAGGGAGGAUAUGGGGUAGGCAGGGUUGUUACUUUAAUGGAAACGGCAAGGGCUCGUGCGAGACAGGAGAUUGUGCAGGCUUACUAAACUGCAGGGGCACGAGUGGUGUACCUCCGGCGACGGUGGUGGAGAUGACGCUUGGGACAUCCAGUUCGCCCCUACAUUACUAUGACGUGAGCUUGGUGGAUGGGUUCAACCUUCCAGUUUCAAUGGUGCCAGUAGGGGGUGGCAUCGGGUGCGGCAUUGCGGCAUGCGAGAUGGAUUUGAACGUGUGCUGCCCAUCGGCUUUGGAGGUGAAGCGAGGAGGCAAGAUAGUGGGAUGCAAGAGCGCUUGCUUGGCAAUGAGAUCGGCCAAGUAUUGUUGCACUGGGGACUUCGCCAACCCCAAGACUUGCAAGCCCACCAUCUUCGCUCACCUCUUCAAGGCCAUCUGUCCACGGGCCUACAGCUAUGCUUUCGAUGAUUCAACCAGCCUUCACAAAUGCAGGGCGCCGCGUUAUGUUAUCACCUUCUGCCCUCCCAAAUGAUUUAUGAAGCCCUAUUAUUAAACAAGCUAAAUACAUAAUUACAACAUAUAUAUAUAUAUAGGGUGGUUCCACUUCCACGGCUAGUGUCUCUGCAUCCGAUCCAGAAACAAAUUAGCUACUUCCUUCCUCCUUUCUUUUCACUACUCUUAUAUUCAAUCAGUACGUAGUUUUUGUUUCUUUUUCUUCCAGCAUUAAGAUACAUGUCAGAUUUCUUUUGCUUUGGUAUAUAUGGAUGUGUGAUGUGUGGGGUUCCCAAACCUCACCACCGUUCUUCCUCUUCUUCAUUAAAUAAGAUGAGGAUAUUGUCUUCCUCCUUUCUCCCUUGUUUAGCAGUCUUUAUCAUGGACAUUAGCUUAUUAGAUUAAAGAUCAAUUUACAUAUUGGUUUAAGCUGCACAGCAAAGAUUCCCAUUAUAACAGAGUUUCAGUGGGAACCUCAGGAGAAUUUGUUUUUGCCUUGAUGCACAAUCACACUGGCGCCAUCCUCAUUCAUCUGUCA